UCGGGCCUGCGAUCAGAAGGGAUAGAAGACGGGAGGUUCGAUCGACGCGUCCGUGUAAAAAAAAAAUCCAUCAAAUUGGCGGCUAAAAAUGAUUUGACAGAAAUGCUAAAAGUUCGUAAAGUUCACAACAAGAGAAACCAGUUAAUUUCCAAUAUCCAAGAGUUCAUCAGGCGUGUCGUGUACCUCCCGUCUUCUAUGGUGAACUCCAACCAUCGCGAGUGACAGCCAUAACCCUUUCGGAGCAAUUGUCCACUGCGUCGUUUGUGUUAUUCCAUCGACAGACAAGUGUUUUUCAACAAUUGACAAUGGCAAUUCUUCCGCCCGACCCGAUCUAUGUGUUUCGGGGUGAUAUGGGUCCUGUGCACAGUCUGCUCUUCAGAAUUUCACCGUAUAUCGAGCAUUUGUAUGCCGGGACUGAGAGCGGAAAUGUCCAUAUUUGGGACCUGAAGAAACACCGACAGGCAUCCAAACUGAAAAUAAGCGAUACAAACAAGGAGCAGUGCCUUUCACUGCACACCCUUGGUGAUGAAUACCUGAUUGUACAAAGGAAAGGUGGAGGUGUAGAUUUAUGGAGUGCGGAUGGCUCAAAUUGGAUUUUUGAGAAGAGAGUUGACACUGAGUACCACGGAUUUUGUAGGUCACAGAUUUUGUCUGAUGAUCUCGUUCUCCUUCCACUUCCAAGCUCCAACGUGGGAAUUUUCUCGUUGAAGAGCAACAGCAUUGUAAAUAAAUUGGAUCCAUCGCAGAUCUCAACGUCGAAGCCGCUGGGUGAAGUAAUGGCUAUUAAGAAUUGUGGUCUUCAGAAUAAUAUUAUACUUGUUGCCUACGAGAGUGGUGCCAUAGCGGCUUGGAAUGUCAAGGGGAUGGCUGUGAACAGUUGGCUAGAGACUGAAACCUGUCCAAUGGCGAUGACUUUUGAUAAUUACUGGAUGAGGGGAAUUAUUGGUAAUCCGACUAAUAAAUUAGAGGUUUUUCAACUUUCAAAAACUGAUCAACUCACCCACAAGACGACAAUUUCAAUAAAAAAUUCUGGUAUAUCAGUUCUUGCAUCUCGCCAAGACUCUAAAGUAUUUUCAUCGGGUGGUUGGGAUGGCAGAGUGCGUAUAUUUUCCUGGAAAACCCUGCGACCAUUGGCUGUACUGGAUCAACACAGAUCAACUAUUUUUGAUAUUAUUUAUUCUAUGGAGAAGGUUGAGUCGCACAAUAACAAGAAUUUGAUGGCAGCAACUGGAAAAGAUGGCACUGUAUCACUCUGGGAUCUCUACAAUCAGUGAAUCAAUGAAGAUCUGUUUUACCCGACAAACCAACGAAAAAACAAAACAUCAUGGAAAUGUAUCUGAUUAUUGUUUUGUAAGUGGAGAGAGAAUAAUACAAUUGCUUUCAAGCAGA